AUGGCCUUCUCGGUAAACACAGUCGCCCUUCUUGCCCUCGUUUUCCUGUUGUCGGCAUACCUCAAGCGUCGGACAACUAAGCGUCCGCCGCUUCCUCCUGGCCCUCCAGCGGACCCAUUCAUCGGUCACCUUCGCAUCAUGCCCUCUGACCAACAAGAGCUUGUGUUCCACGAAUGGGCGAAGACAUAUGGCGAUGUGAUGCACCUCAAAGUCUUCGGGCAUGAUAUAAUUGUGCUAGACAGCGUCCAGGCUGCAACUGAACUCCUCGAGAAAAGAAGUGCACUUUACAGCGACAGACCAAAUUUCACUGUCUAUACGACUAUGGGUUGGGAUCAUAAUGUGGCGUUCUUCCCGUACGGUCGCCGUUUCCGAAAGCACCGCAAGCUCCUACAGUCGUACCUCUCCCAGCAAUUCACUGUCAAGUUCCGGCCUAUACAGGAAUUUAAUGCCCGCUAUUUAGCUAAAGGGCUUGUGGAGAAUACAAGAGACUUCAAGUAUUAUAUCAGCAGAUACACCAUUUCCGUGAUAAUGCGCAUCGCAUAUGGCCACCAGAUUCUGUCCGAUGAUGAUGAAUACAUGCCACUAGUGGAAAACGUGGCCUACGCACAAAACAACGGCGGCCCUCCGGGAGGGACCAUAGCCGAAGGUACCGCGGAGCGAUCGUUCCUCCGCACACAGAUGGAGUCCAUGUCCGGAAAGGACCUUACCGACGAAGAUAUCCAAGACCUCAAAGGAUCUGCAGGCGUCCUCUUCGCUGCUGGCUUUGAUACGACUUCCUCUAGUCUCGAAACGUUUGUCCUGGCUCUACUCCAUCACCCCGAUGUGCAGAAGAGAGGACAGGAAGAGUUCGAUCGUGUUAUUGGGGAUCGCCUCCCGACCUUCGAGGACUAUGAUGCGCUGCCAUAUGCUGGGCGUGUCACAAUGGAAGUAUUAAGAUGGCACCCAUCCGCGCCCCUUGGCGUACCCCACCGUGCGAUGGAAGAUGAUAUAUACAGAGGUAUGUUUAUUCCAAAGGGAGCCAUUAUUAUUCCAAACGCCAAGGGUAUGAACUUGGAUGGGAACGUAUACACCAAGCCAACGGAGUUCAACCCUGAUCGUUUCUUGCGCAAGUCUGAAGGAGGGAACGAAGAGCCUCCACCGGUUGCCACAUUCGGGUUUGGGCGAAGGAUAUGCCCAGGACGACACCUUGCAGCCACGAAUCUAUGGAUCGCUGUCGCCACCAUAUUUGCCACAGUCAACAUAACUAAGGCUAAGGAUGAAGGUGGGAAUGAAAUCACGCCAGAAAUUAUAUUUGAGUCUGGAGUGACUAGCCGUCCCAAGGCAUUUUCAUGCAACAUCGUGCCUAGGUCGGAGAAGAUGAUCCGUAUUGUAGCCAGCGAGUCUAAAAACCCGUCCAUGUAG